ACGGAACAUUUAGCUUGCGUGCUCCCAGGCUACGGCUGGUCUCAGAUGUAUAGUGUGUGUAGGAGUGUGAAUGUCUGUCUCAGUCAGUACUGCAUCUCUUGCUCCGGGACCCUUGUUGCUUCCAGACAGAGGAGUGCUUCUCUCAGACAGACCAGGUUUUGGUCCAUGUGGUGAAAUGGGGACAAUGAAUAACAUACUGCUCUUAAACUUCAGAAUUGUCUGGGGAAUGAUGCCCUUUCUAACCUAACCACAGUGAGGCUGCCUUAGCUAUUACUCUGGGAAGGGGAGGGUUGGACCCUGGUUGGAUUUUAUCGUUUGGCAAGGGUGUACCUUUCCCCUUUGCAACUAUAGGAUACAAUGCUGCCUCAACUGAGAAGGGAUCAGUUUGAUAACCUAGAGAAGCAUACACAGUCAGGCAUCGAGUUUGUGGAGAGGUACAGUAAAUUCGUCAAAGAGAGAUCGGAGAUUGAAAUCAGCUAUGCAAAGCAGAUUAGGAAUCUAUCAAAGAAGUAUCAACCAAAGAAGAACUCAAGAGAAGAGGAGGAGAACAAAUACACGUCAUGCCGGGCCUUCCUGUCAACGCUGAACGAGCUGAACGACUACGCAGGACAGCACGAGGUCAUUGCUGAGAACCUGACCUCUCAGAUCAUCACUGAACUCUCACGGUACCUCACAGAGCUCAAGGCAGAGAGGAAAUCGCACUUCCAUGAUGGACGUAAAGCACAGCAACAGAUUGAGAGCUCGUGGAAACAGCUGGAGUCGAGUAAACGGCGGUUCGAGAGAGACUGUAAAGAGGCGGACCGGGCGCAGCAGUACUUUGAGAGAAUGGACGCCGACAUCAAUGUAACGAAAGCAGACGUGGAGAAGGCGCGGCAGCAGGCUCAGAUGAGACACCAGAUUGCAGCAGACAGUAAGACUGAAUACUCCAACUACCUGACCAAGUUCAACCAGGAGCAGAAUGAACAUUACUACACACUCAUCCCCAAUAUAUUCCAGAAACUCCAGGAGAUGGAGGAGAGGCGGAUCGAGAGGGUGGGUGUGUCCAUGAAGACAUACGCAGAGGUGGACCGUGAGGUGCUGCCUAUCGUAGGGAAAUGUCUAGACGGAAUGACAAAGGCUGCUGAGUCCAUCGAGCCAAAGACUGACUCUAAGCAGGUAGUAGAGUCGUACAAGUCUGGGUUUGAGCCCCCAGGGGACGUAGAGUUUGAGGACUACGGGCCGGGACAGACCAUGAAGAGGACUGUCUCUGAGACCAGCCUGUCUAACUCACGAGGAGAGGCCAAGGAACGUCCCGGCGGGGGCAAGAGCAAGGGCAAACUGUGGCCUUUCAUUAAGAACAAGAACAAGCUUAUGUCCCUGUUAACGUCCCCGCACCAGCCCCCCCCCGCCCCCCCAGCCUCCAGCCCCCCCUCACCCUGUGCUGUUCCCAACGACCCCCAGUCUCCCAAGCAGAACAAGGAGCCCCUCUCCAACCGCUUCAACGAGUUCAUGGCCUCCAAACCCAAAAUGACCUGCCUCCGGAGCCUGAGGCGAGGGCUUUCUCUCAAGUUGAUCACACUCAAUUCCCACGUCCGGAAUCUGAUUGAGGGCUCUGGACCGGAGGACUUCAGCCACCUGCCCCCAGAGCAGAGGAGAAAGAAGCUUCAGGCCAAGAUAGACGACAUAAAUAAGGACAUCCAGAAAGAGAUGGACCAGAAAGAUGCCCUAACUAAGAUGAAGGGUGUGUAUGAGAAGAAUCCCCAGAUGGGAGACCCUGCCAGUGUGGACCCCCGGCUAGUAGAGAUGGCAAUGAACAUCGAGAAACUGCAGUCCGAGGUCCAGAAAUUCGAGGGAUGGCUGGCGGAGAUGGAGGGGAGGUUACCGUCGAGGAGUGACCCUCCCAGGAGACAGAGUGGUCUGUACGAGUCACAGAACAGCAACAGCACCAUGGUCGACAACAACUGUGCACAGGACAGAGAGAGCAGCCCGGAUGGCAGUUACACAGAGGAGCAGAGUUCAGAGACUCAGGUCAAGGUGGCCAUAGCAAACACUCCAGAGUUUGAUGAUGAGUUUGACGAUGGGGAUGAGGAGACACUGCCCACCAUCGGCACCUGUAAAGCCGUCUACUCAUUUGAAGGUAAUACACCUUUAACAGGUCAUAAUGAGGGGACUAUCUCAGUGACAGAAGGAGAGCUGCUGUUUGUAAUAGAGCAGGAUAAAGGUGAUGGCUGGACGAGGGUCCGCAGGAACGAAGAGGAAGAAGGCUACGUACCCACGUCCUACGUCGAGGUCUUUUUGGAAACAAACACCAAAGGUGCUAUGACAUACAUUUAACUGAAGGGUUUUUCUUUUGGGAUGGGACGAGAGAAGGAUUUGGUGAGAGAAGAUGGGAGGAGUGAGGGGGAUGGUUGGUUAGACCAGAGUAGACUCCUCCCACUCUCUCCCUCUCUGAAAAAUGGACCAAUCAGAAUUUCCAUCUGGCUCUGUCAGGGUUUCCACCCGGGUCAGUUUUGCAUUUUAACCUAGAAAGGUCAAGGUUAGGGUUGGGGAAGCUAAUCCUAGAUCUGUAUCUAGGGGAGUGUUGUUUUCCCACUGGUUCUGAGAGAAUCCUCUCCUCGUUUGCUUUAGUGCCACUGAGUGGCCAGCCGGGAGCACUGUCAUUACCUCUCCAGUCAACUCAAUGGAAAUCAGGACAGUUUUAAUGAUGAUUUCAACAAGUGCUGCUGUCUUUUUGUUCUUGAUAUGCAUAGUGUCAUAUUUCCCAACUUUUUGAAUCUGCUGCCAUUUCUUUCUCCCCAGACAUGUAAUCAACUGACCUCAAAAGUAUAUUUGAUCAUAGCCAAUGGCCUCAAAGAUAGACUAGUUGAGGUCAGGAUGAAAUCUAAAUGGCAAAUGUAAGUUUGUAUGUGUAUCUGUGUUUGACUGACAUAAGAUGUGAUGGUCUGUAUCAUCUUCCCACACAGAGGUGAUAUUUGAAGAGAACUAAUAUAGGCUCUUAAAUAAACUUUUUGGGGGGGUUAAAACCACAGGAUAGUUUUUAAAGAGCAUGUGGGGAAAAAAUCUACACCAGUUGCUUGCUGUCCCCAAUAGUAAAGCAUGCUAGAUAGUACAAUGUAGAAAUAUGCUAAUGAGAAGUUAUUGAUUCUGCUAUACAUAAUGACUUCAUGCUGUACCUAAUUCAUGACAAAUAUAUUGUUUUGAAUAACAACCCCUCUCCCUUAGAUUGUCUCACUCCUUUACAGUCAAGAUGCACCAAACACAUACUCACAUACUUAGGUCCAAGAAAGAGGCUACUUUAUACAGUGGGGCAAAAAAGUAUUUAGUCAGCCACCAAUUGUGCAAGUUCUCCGACUUAAAAAGAUGAGAGAGGCCUGUAAUUUUCAUCAUAGGUACACUUCAACUAUGACAGACAAAAUGAGGGAAAAAAUCCAGAAAAUCACAUUGUAGGAUUUUUUAUGAAUUUAUUUGCUAAUUAUGGUGGAAAAUAAGUAUAUGGUCAAUAACAAAAGUUUCUCAAUACUUUGUUAUAUACCCUUCGUUGGCAAUGACAGAGGUCAAAUGUUUUCUGUAAGUCUUCACAAGGUUUUCACACACUGUUGCUGGUAUUUUGGCCCAUUCCUCCAUGCAGAUCUCCUCUAGAACAGUGAUGUUUUGGGGCUGUUGCUGGGCAACACGGACUUUCAACUCCCUCCAAAGAUAUUCUAUGGGGUUGAGAUCUGGAGACUGGCUAGGCCACUCCAGGACCUUGAAAUGCUUCUUACGAAGCCACUCCUUCGUUGCCCGGGCGGUGUGUUUGGGAUCAUUGUCAUGCUGAAAGACCCAGCCACGUUUCAUCUUCAAUGCCCUUGCUGAUGGAAGGUUUUCACUCAAAAUCUCACAAUACAUGGCCCCAUUCAUUCUUUCCUUUACACGGAUCAGUCGUCCUGGUCCCUUUGCAGAAAAACAGCCCCAAAGCAUGAUGUUUCCACCCCCAUGCUUCACAGUAGGUAUGGUGUUCUUUGGAUGCAACUCAGCAAUCUUUGUCCUCCAAACACAACAAGUUGAGUUUUUACCAAAAAGUUCUAAUUUGGUUUCAUCUGACCAUAUGACAUUCUCCCAAUCUUCUUCUGGAUCAUCCAAAUGCUCUCUAGCAAACUUCAGACGGGCCUGGACAUGUACUGGCUUAAGCAGGGGGACACGUCUGGCACUGCAGGAUUUGAGUCCCUGGUUGCGUAGUGUGUUACUGAUGGUAGGCUUUGUUACUUUGGUCCCAGCUCUCUGCAGGUCAUUCACUAGGUCCCCCCGUGUGGUUCUGGGAUUUUUUUGUGAUCAUUUUGACCCCACGGGGUGAGGUCUUGCGUGGAGCCCCAGAUUGAGGGAGAUUAUCAGUGGUCUUGUAUGUCUUCCAUUUCCUAAUAAUUGCUCCCACAGUUGAUUUCUUCAAACCAAGCUGCUUACCUAUUGCAGAUUUAGUCUUCCCAGCCUGGUGCAGGUCUACAAUUUUGUUUCUGGUGUCCUUUGACAGCUCUUUGGUCUUGGCCAUAGUGGAGUUUGGAGUGUCACUGUUUGAGGUUGUGGACAGGUGUCUUUUAUACUGAUAACAAGUUCAAACAGGUGCCAUUAAUACAGGUAACGAGUAGAGGACAGAGGAGCCUCUUAAAAAAGAAGUUACAGGUCUGAGAGCCAGAAAUCUUGCUUGUUUGUAGGUGACCAAAUACUUAUUUUCCACCAUAAUUUGCAAAUAAAUUCAUUAAAAAUCCAACAAUGUGAUUUUCUGGAUUUUAUUUUCUCAUUUUGUCUGUCAUAGUUGAAGUGUAGCUAUGAUGAAAAUUACAGGCCUCUCAUUUUUUAAGUGGGAGAACUUGCACAAUUGGUGGCUGACUAAAUACUUUUUUUGCCCCACUGUAUAUAUAUAUUUUAGUUUUGGACUAUUCUGGGUCUUUCUUUUCAUACAGGAAUACAGGAUUGAGAAUGAGCAGUACCACCAUUUUCCCUCUCUCGGUGAGAACAUUGUGAGAACGGACUGUUGUGGGGCUGAUUGGAAAGUUGGUGCUUGGUUGGUUGCUAGCUCAUGCAUGGGUUUUGAGUAGCACCCUUGUGCAGAUGAGUCGAUUUGAGAAGCAUCUGUGCUAAAGUAUGGUGUUGACAAACUGUUUUAUGCCUCUAAAAUAUCCAGGCAUUUAUCUUUUGAAAAUUACUGAAUUGUGCAAUCAUAGGCCCAAAAGGUCUCUUGGAAGAGAUUCCAACUUUGUCAAACCUCAAAAAGCUCAACAAAUAUGCCUUCACAACUCUUUGUCCUCAGGCAGUAAAGUAAUCCCAUUUCUGUCAGUGCUAACACAACCAUUCUUCCCCCAAACCAGGGUCCAAAUGAAAUGUGAGGCAUCUUAAAUUUAUAGUCAUUUUAUGUUUUACAUAACAUGUUUUGGUGCAUGUUUGAGAUUGUUAGAAGCUUAAGUCUCUCUUGGUUUUUGGAAAUGAUAGAUUCACACACAAAGCUGACAUUUAGAAACAGUAGCAGAAUCAAAAGAUUCAAUUUUUAAAGGUACAGCAACUGAUAUUAAAGCCAGAGAGAAGGAGCUUCUUGGGUUCUCUGGAUUAGAUAGUUAUCUGACUACAGAACAGUAUUAUUUCCUUCAGAAGACGAAUGCAAAGAAUAGUGAACUACAUUUUCUUUCCGAGAUUCUCGUGUUAUUUAUACUUUUUUUUUCAAAUUGCAGAUUCCUAAAAGUGUGAGAGCUGGCUCAGGAAUGGCAGGGCAAGCAGCCUCAGCGACAGAGCGACCACGUUCCUUUACGGUCAGAAAGUCAGAGAGCGACAUGACUGAGGCAAAGACAGGAGACCUAUGAUGCAUCUCAAUUUCCAACCUGAUACAUUUGUAGAGUUCUCUCCUUCUGCAACGGUCUCUGACCAGAAGCAACAAUAAGAGAAAAACAUACCAAAUUGAGCGCUCGUAAAUAUUUAAUUUUUUAAUAGGCUAUUAUCCAUUUAUCAUUUUGCUUCUUUUGUCUCUGCAAAGCUUUGCUUCUCAAUGUACUAACUCGGCUUCCGCUAUGCGGCGUUACCGUGGACGCUGUUGGCUCUCUGACCUCGAAUGCCCCCCCAAGUACCAACCCACUUCCCUGCCGCUCCUCCCUAACCCCCCUCCUAAAACACGGCAGGGUGUGGUCAGACAGGGCCGUUACCAGCUCUGAAGCAACCCAAUCUGCCCCCGACUACACCAUCCCACCAGACAGCAAGCCAAACCAAGUCCCUCUCCAGUCCACACUCCCAUCCAAAUCAAUCAGGUCGAUGCAGUUGCAGAAUCUCUCACUCAUUGACUCAGAGCCAUCAUCGCAGAAGGAACAGUCCAGAUCCAGCAUCACAUGGAGUUUCCAUGGAAACAACACAUUUAUUCCACUCUCUGACUACAUAUUUUGCAGGUUUCAAACGGAUUGAAAAACAGAACAUGGGCUGAUUCGUCAUCUGUAUGACUGAAGUUCAUUUAUAGUGUGUGUACGCGUGUGGGUGCCUGUCAGUAUCAUGUACAUCCCCCAUACACACUCCAUCCAUGACUGAGAAAGGGACAGGACUGGGAGUUCCAGGAACGAGAGGGGUUGGAGACAAGUUCACAUUACUUCACUCACCUGCACUCUCUCCUUACCAUACCAUCAUGUGUUGUUACUGGCAUCCCGUCUGCUCCUCUCUGGCCACACCCCUCCCCUGCAAGUGUCAGCCGCUGGUCAUUGACUGCGUUGAGCGCCAUGUCACCGCUUAGGGUGGGGCAUCUCUCAGGCGGUGCGUGCGGUGUGCAUGCUUGCCCUGUCUCCUCCUUGGCUCGCCUUCUCCCGCUUGGCUCAGGGGGCUGGCUUAUGCUCGUCGCCUGGCCUUUUUUGUUUCAGUUAACCCACACGGCCUGUUACACUUCUUAACCAGUUUAUCCAUUUGUCACCUUUUGGGUUCUGUGCCUGUGGAUCAUCUACUAGCUGUUCCUUAUUUAGUUUUUUGUUGUUGCUGUUUGACUGUUCGUCGUCUCUGAAAGCAUGUUCACCUACCUGUGUUUUUAACAGUGAGUGUGUGCUCUCCCUCACAGUAACUCCUCCAGCUCAAAUCUCAUUACCUGAAGAGAAGAAAAUGUGGGAUUCCAAAACGUCUGCUUCUGAAUGAUAUCAUGCACAGUAAAACAUUGAAUUUGUCCAUUUGUUAUACUGUAUGUGUGUAAUGUUGUUGGCUGACAUUGUAUGUGUUUGAGAAUUGUGUUGAAGGCAAGCGGUCGUUAGUGUCCACUAGCCUCAUCCUGUGGAUACAUGCUGCGGUGUUUCACGUCUCCACUGUAUAUCCAACAGACAGUGUCCCCUGGAAAAGAACUUGAAGAUUAUUUAAAAUUCUCAUGUAGUUUGCUUGGGCCACUUACUACUGCAUGUGGAAGUAUUGUAUACUGUGAUCCACACACCUUUUCCACAAUGUUGUGACUGAAUAUGAGACAAGACAAACUUCCUAUUGGGCCUUAACUGGGUUGAUCCUAGCUACCACUUAAUCUAAAAACAAGUUCAAGUUGUGUCACAUGCACAAGUACAGUGAAAUGCUUAACUUGCAUGCUCUACCCAACAGUGCAGUAAUCAGGGGGAGUAAGAUGCCAUUCUAUUAUCUAUGGUAUGUUGACUAGGUCGAGACAUCUCGUUUUUUUAUAAAGGUGGUGAAGGUAGAUUACUCUCAAUGUCUACAGAGAUGAUGAUGUCCACUGUUUCCCUUUCUUGAAACGCAUAUAAACAUUUUAAUUUUGUAAUUAUUUUUUAACAGUGUUUGGUCGAAGAGAUUGCUUUUUAAUUUGUAGCUAGUUUCUAGCUGGAAAACUGUUGCACCUGAAUUACAAACCACUUGAUGAUGAAACCAGUUGUUUGAUCUGCCUGAAGUCACUGUAGAUAAAGUAAUGAAAAAUAUUGUUUAAUGAAGCAAUUAGUGAUACUAUUAGCCUCAGGUAUAUCCCAAAUGGCUCCCUAUAUAGUGCACUACUUUUGAUCAGGCUCUGGUCAAAAUAAUUGCACUAUGUAGGGAAUAGGGUGCCAUUUGGGACUCAGCCUUAAGAGUGUUUUGGGAAAAAACUAUUCCAGUAUUAUUACUCAAGCAACAUUUCAAGGAGCAGUAACUGAAAUUGUAUCAAUGCAAACCAUGUAUAUUAUCAGCAGCACCACAAUUGAAGAGUGAUCCAUCACCAUGUGGGGUCCUAGUCACUUGACAUAAUUUAAAAAGACAAGCAGCGCAAAUCUGCAUAUUCUUUGGCCGAGAACCAGGUCAGGUCAAAGUUUCACUUUGCUAUUCCCACCCGUCCAGCUCUUAUUUUGACUAGUGUAGAUGUUGACUUGGCAGUUGUUUUGUUUGUUUGUGAGGAGUGAAAAGGCAAAACUGAUUUUCAUGCAGACCAUCAGAAGGUGCAUCUCUGUGCUGUGCUGACUGACAGACAUACCCACUCAGAGAGCCAGUAUAGAGAAAAAUCAGCCUAACUCUCGACUGAGACCAACCCAGACCUCCAGCCAGGCCCCAGUGCACCUGUACAAAAGAAAAUGGCUUGUUGAAAUUAGAGAGAAUAUAUAUAAAUAAAUAUGGAUUAAACUAAGACAAAAAAGGAAAUAAAUAUAUUUUUAAGGUUAACUAUUAAAGGCCUUACUUUGUUUUCUCUGCUUUGCUAAGACUGUUUUUUUGUUCUUUUCUUGUGUAAAGUCUGCCAAAUGAUGUGUUUAGCACUUUUGUUUGUGUUCAAGUUGGUAUAUGCUUAUGUUUUAGAGCACUGAAUACUUUGUAUUGUGUUAACUGUGCCAAUUAAAUACAUGUAGAAAAUAA